UGGGAGUUGAAGGCCAAAACAUCUGGGGACCCACAAGUCGAGAACCACUGCCUCAAGGGAGAAACUGUGGCAUUACCUCCGAAGUUAAAAAAUUGGAAAAACCAAACUCUUCCUUGAAAAGCUGUGAUUGUCUAGACAUGUGGGGGUUAAAUCUAGGGCAAAGGAGGGUAAAAAUAGAUGGGAGGGUCCAAUGUGAAAGGUUUGGAACCCCUCCCCUUAUAUAUAAAACAAAGACUCCGCCUCCAAUAUGUGGCAUUCAGUGUGUGUCCACACCAGGGUAGAAUUGGCACCAUGCUCUCCAGAUCAGCCAUGCACGUGCCACAUUAUGCCCCUUCCAUGUUCAGGGAGUUUGACAGAUGGAAGGGCUAUCUGAGCCUUGCGAAAGUGGUUACGGAGAUCAUCGCGGAACGCAAGAAGGUCCCAUUUCCAUCUCAGAGUUGGGACACAAUGGAGUACGACAUGCAGCUAGUCCUCAACGAGGACAACUUUGAAACAGCAUCACAAUGGGUUAAUGGAAGCAGUUCCAGCAGCAAGAGCUCCAAAGGUAGUGCCAAUGGCCAGGCUUCCCAAAACAAGGAGAUUUGCAAUUUCUGCAAACACAACGGGGAAUCCAAGCAGGUCUAUUCGUCCCACCGGCUGAAGGGGAUGGACGGCACCGUGGAGUGCCCCAUCUUGCGCAAAUACACCUGUCCGCUCUGCGGUGCCACGGGCGAAAAGGCCCAUACUUUAAAAUACUGCCCACUGAGCCAAGGGAAGAGGUCGCUGUAUCGCAAGUGCGGACGUAACUCGGCUGGACGCAAGGUGAGGAGAUAAGAAGAUCAGGAGAAGACCGAAGCAUUUAUUCUUAGUUUUAGUUUGACUUUGUAAAAGAACAACAUUUGAUUUCGAGCAUCAUUAACACUCUUUACAUUUCCUCCCACUUUGUUUCAGGUUUGGAGAAUGGAAGCCCAAUUCUCUUAGACUACAUUUGUGAGUCCAGAAAUGUUUUUUUAUGUAUAUUGUUGCCUUAUUUCACAUUUGUUGUACCUAGGUUAAUUAUAUUGUGUUUCUUUUAGAUGUGUCAGUUGCCUAGUGUGAUGACUCAUGGGCCCUGCAGUCCUAUUCCUGACAGUAUUGUGGCAGAUGAGGAGGAAAAUAUGGAGUUUUCCCCAGAUUUCCGGUCGGAGUCAGAGCCUUGGCAGCUGCCUGAAGUUCUAGUCCAAGAACCAAUUAAACCUGACCUUGGUGGGAACUCUCCCCCUUAUGGGAGAAAACAGGCUUACACGACUGAUAGAGGAUCGAGAGAAAAAUUUAGAAGUAGUGCUCGCCUUGCUGCCAAAUAUGCCACUGAUUAGAAGUAUUUCCCCUGAGAAAAUACGGGGAGUCUUGCACCUGCAAGCUGGUUUCCUUCGCUCCCUGUUCUCUAGGGAAAGUGAUUGUUGUUUGGGGAAACGAGACCCAAUAUAGGGAAAUUGCGCGAAGGAUUCCUUGCGGAGUCAAUUCGUCAGCUCCUGGAGAGAGGUCAUGUGUGUGUGGACUUCGAAUCCUGUUCCUUGCCUCCUGAAUCUAGUUCCAAGCCUUGUCCUCGUCUCACGGAUUUACCACAGAUCUUGUUCCAUGCUUCAAGUUGCUUUGCCUUUAGCCACAGCUCCAGCCACGUUCCAAGUAACUUUCAGCCUUGUGUCAAGCUUCAUUGGAUUCAAGACUUUUUCUGUUUUCCCAACGCUUUGCUUGGCAAAGCGUGUGUUGCGGUUAUUGGAUUAUAAUCUUUGGACUCUAAUAUUUCAUAUUGGACAAUAAUCUGCUGGACUAUAUUUGGCCUCAUUUGAAAGGUCUGCUUCUGAACUUUAUUCUACACUUGUUUUUAUUGACUUUAUAUAUUCCUUUAAUAAAGAUAUUAGAUAGAAUCUGGCCUCAGUGUAUGGUUAUUGGUGCCCAGCAGCCUAGAUCCUGACACCUUGUAUCAUGCUUUUUUAUACAUAUAAUCAUGUUUUUUACAUAUGUAAUAUCACGUUCCUUUGACAUCUGUAAUUGCCUUAUAUCAUAUUUUAUAUUGUGUUUUAUAUAUGCAGUUACUUUACAUGUUUCUUUUAUGUAUGGAUGUAUAAUUUUUACAUGUUUAAUUAUAUUAUUUGCAACUAUAAUUGCCUAAUAUCAUGCUUCUUUUAUAUAUGCAAUGACAUCAUGUUUAUUUAACGUAUAUAAGUGCCUUAUAUCAUGUCCGGGUUAUCAUGUGUGUCUCCAGAGGGAUGCAGCCCUAUCCUUUGCAGGGAAAAUAUAGAAAUAUCUUCUAAAUGGCUACUGUCUAGAAUUUUGUUUUGUAAAGAAAGGAAAAGUUUAUAUGCUAUUGGAAAGAAAGAUACUAUUUUAUGUUUAAAUUUUGGAAAGGAAUAGAAUUGGUUAUUAUUACUGUGGUCUAACCUUCAAUUGUUUGCAAGUUGUUCUAAAGUUUGGAUCGUAGAGUUUAAUAAACAGAGUUUAUGGUUUUGGCAUCAAAACUGUUCAUGUUGUGCUUAAAUGGGAUUGAAUUUUCUUUAAUUUGUG